UUUCUACAGUAACAGAGGAGGAGCCUGAGAAUCUGACAGAUAUAAAGUUUGUGUCAGACUGAACAACACAAGACACAUCAAACGAUUUAAAAAGAAAACAUUGAUAAAUCUCUGCAGUGAUCAGCUGAGAAAAAACUGAGAGGAUGGCAAUGCUGUUUCUCGCGGCUCUGCUCUCUGUUUUCACGGGGUUUGUUGUGUCGGUUCCUGAUGGAUUCAAGCCGGUCGACUGUUCUGACCUUUAUAAAGCAGGACAAACAGUCAGUGGGAUUUACUCCAUCUAUCCAGCAGGUGACACUCCUGUCUGGGUUUACUGUCACAUGAUCUCAGAUGGGAAAGAUGAAGAUAAAGGAGGAUGGACGGUGAUUCAGAGGAGAAUGGACGGCAGUAUUAAUUUUUAUCGGCCGUGGAAUCAGUACAAGAAAGGAUUUGGGAAAGUGGAGAGUGAAUACUGGCUGGGGCUGGAGAACAUGUACCAGCUGACACGUAACAGGAAGUACAUGCUGAGAGUGGAUCUGGAGGACUUUGAAGGAAAGAAAGGUUUUGCUCUGUACUCGUCCUUCUCUGUGGAUUGUGAAAAUGAGGGGUAUAAACUGCAUGUUUCAGGAUUCACUGAUGGAGGAGCAGGUGACUCUUUAUCUGGCCAUAAUGAUCAGAAGUUCACCACCUUUGACAAAGAUCAAGAUCCCUAUAAGAAGAACUGUGCCAAACUGUUUCUCGGGGCAUUUUGGUACACAGUAGGAUGUCACUACACAAACCCCAACGGUGUGUAUUUGUGGGGAGAACACAACACACAUCACGCCAUUGGUGUUGUUUGGAGAAGCUGGAAAAACAGUUUCUCUGUCAGUGUGAAAUCCAUCAGCAUGAAGAUCAAACGUGUGUCUUAGAAGCAUUAGUGUUUUUAGGAACAAAUUAUCAGCUGUUGUUUUCAACAUAUAACAAAUGUAAAGGUUUUACUUUCGUCACUGUAAGUAAAUCAAUGUAUAUCUUUGGUUUUGUUCUUUUGAUUUACUUAAACAUAAAUAAAUAAAAUAAACUCCA